AUGAUUCCUCUUACGCGACGCAACGCUGCUCGGGGAGCCUCCCUCGUUUCCUAUACCCGUCAGAGUCUCCCUCGCCCUGCCCGUCUCUACUCGACACCCACCAAAAGGCUUGAUGCUGAGGCGGUCCCCUCGCCUGCUGGUCUUAGCAUGGAGUACCCGCCGUUCAUGCCAUCCUCUAGCUCGUCUAUCCACAACGACAUGCAUGGCUUCCUGCGUCGCCCCGCCCAAUAUACCAUUCUCCCGACACCUCUCCCUGCGGAUGCCGCUGACGAGACGCACCAGCACCUCUUCACCGACUCGCCGACACAGGACCGCAUUGCCGUCAUGGACGCUUGCUUGCACGAUCUCCACGACGUCCCGCGCGCCAAGGAGAUCUUUGAACUCCUCCGAGAGUCG